CCCCGCUUGCCAUGUCCUACCCCCAGUUCGGGUACCCCUAUUCUUCGGCACCCCAGUUCCUGAUGACCACCAACUCCUUGACCACGUGCUGUGAGACCAGCGGCCGGACUCUGACGGACUCGGGGACAGCGGCGGCGGCGGCCGCGGCGCAGACGCCGGUCUACUGCCCGGUGUACGAGAGCCGGCUGCUGGCCACCGCCAGGCACGAGCUCAACUCGGCGGCCGCCCUGGGCGUCUACGGGAGCCCCUACGCCGGCAGCCAGGGCUACAGCAACUACGUCGCCUACGGGAGCGAGGCCUCCGCCUUCUACUCACUGAACAGCCUCGACGCCAAGGAGGGCAGCGGCGCAGCGCACGCAGGCCUGGCUCCGGCGGCCGCCUACUACCCCUACGAGCACCCGCUGGGCCAGUACCAGUACGACAGAUACGGCACCAUAGACGGGGGCGCGCGGAGGAAGAACGCCACGCGGGAGACCACCAGCACACUGAAGGCCUGGCUGCAGGAGCAUCGCAAGAACCCCUACCCCACCAAGGGCGAGAAGAUCAUGCUGGCCAUCAUCACCAAGAUGACCCUCACCCAGGUCUCCACCUGGUUCGCCAACGCCCGACGGCGCCUCAAGAAGGAGAACAAGAUGACCUGGCCCCCCCGCAACAAAGGCGCCGACGAGAAGAGGCCCUACGAUGAAGAGGAGGAGGGCGAGGGGCCCGCGGACAGCCCGAAGGACGAGAAGCUCGCCGAGGCGCCCGACCAGGAGGGCAAAGAGCUGUCCUUGAGUGACCUGGAGGACGACGACGACCCGCUGGAGUCGGAGAGCUCAGAGGGCGAGCUGAAGGCGCCGGCCUUCGGCCACGUGGAGCGCGACGGCUGCCUGGACGAGGGCGGCCUGGAGCGGGCCGAGAGCUGCCUGAAGGCCCCGACGGCGGGCGCGGAGGGCUGCGAGGCGGCGGCGGCGGCGCUACUGGGCGGUCGGGCGCCGAGGGCCAGCUGCGAAGCCAAGCCGUGCUACCAGCAGCAGCAGCAGCAGCAGCUCCUGGCGGGCGGCGGCGGCUGCAAGCCGCGGAUCUGGUCCCUGGCGCAGACGGCCACCUCCCUGCCCCAGGCCGAGUACCCGUCGUGCAUGCUGAAGCGCCAGCAGGGGGCGCCGAGCGCCGGCAGCGCCCUGGCCUCGCCGUCCGGCAGCCUGGCCGAGCGGCCCGCCAAGGAUUCGCCGGUGGCCAGCCUCAGGAACUGGGUGGACGGCGUCUUCCACGACCCGCUCUUCCGGCACAGCACUUUGAGCCAGGCCUUGAGCCACACCACCGUCUCCUGGGCCGGCCCCAAGGGCUCCCUCUUGGAGACCGGGCCGCUGGGCCGCUCGCUGGGCGCGGGCGCCGCCCUGCUCAAGGCGGGCCAGACGGACUCCGGCAAAGACCUCCUGGCCUUCCCCAAAGCGGGCAGCAGGAUGUUCUGCUCCUAG